AUGGCUGAACCCCUACCCCUCAAGCCCACCAAAUCGACGACCAAGGAACCGGUCCCCUCCCGUACGCACUCCAAGAAAGGUCCCACGACCAACGGAGGUGGCGCCGCGCGGAGUGGUCCUCGUUCGGAUACGGCGAGAAAGACGAUGUGGGAUUUGCAUGCCGGUGAUUUGCAGUGGGAUUGGGUCGAUGAGUGCUUUGAGCAGGAUAUGGAGGUGUUUGGAAAGGUGAGUUGUCGGUGUAGGUUGGGUUGGGGUGAGUGAGUGGCUUGUGAGCAUGUGGUGGGGUGUACGCCUAGUCCUAGUCCGGCAGUCGGCACGGCAAUGGGCACCAGGCCGGGGAGGGAGGUCGUAAUGGUGCACCCGGAGUGGCACGCGCUCUAGGAGUCCGUCCUUGACCAACGUGCAGCUAGCUACACCUGUCCAUCCUCUGCGUGCGCAGACCCAGAUCGCCGCGGCGUGCUCGCUUGCCCGCCAGUCGGCGUAACGGCCGCUCCGAGCUGCAUGACGUCGUCGUCCGCCGAACCGGUUUCGAGCGCGCAGCCAGCCUGCACGUCCGAGAUUGACCCGAGGGCACAUACACUGCACUCGGAGGCCUCAAAGAUACACCCGGGAGCUUGGUUCGUUCGACACUGACGUACCAUGGGCGCGGGUUCAUCUUUCCUCCCAGGCCUGUAACGAGGAUACCCCAACCGACGGCACAGACACACCCCUGGAAAAGAUCCGCGCCGUCUCGGACUUUGCGCCCAUUCGGGAAAAAGUUCGCAGGUGGGUCGAGCGACGAGGCAAGGAAGGGGGUAGUACGGUCGCUCAGCCGAGUGGAAUCCCUCUUACUCACAGGGGCCCCAAGAGGAGACGGGAUAUCGUUCGCGAAGGAUGGGCAUAUCAUGUCUCACGGUGGCCGCUCUUGGUGAGGUUUUUCACGCCGGCAUCGAGGGGUUUCCUUGUUCGACCAAAGCUUACUCUUUGCUGAGGGAUAACAGUUCAUCAUAUUCACCGUCAUCUCCAUCGAGUUCCUCGCCUACGUCAUGGUACGGCAGAUCGUCAACUUGAUAGAGUACUUUGGCUCGUGUAAGUCUCGUGGUCCUCGCAUCGGCGGUUGCUAUCGAACUGACGCUGCUGGUGAACGCUCGAAUCUUGCAGGGCGUGGUCAGCGAGGCAAGUUACGCCAAGCUUUGCGACGCUCUCGCAAUUUUGAAGAGGUGCAUUCUUACUUGACAGUUCGCUCUUGAUCACCAACACUAACACUAUUCCCCACCCGUCGACAGUGGAAAGAACGGGCUCUCUUGCUCGACGCCCACCUCCGCUUCAACGAAUGGAAGCGAUCGGCCCCCAACGCCUACUACGACUCGCCUCUGAUCCGAAGGGUGCUGAAUUCGCUGAGGGAGCUGAGGGAAAAGGGCGAUGCGGAGGGGGUCAUGGCCGUCUUGCACGCCGCGUUGAGGAACAACUUUGCCGGGUCCGAGAGUUUCCGGCUCUACAGGUCAGUCGCCGACGCGUUGUUUCAGUUGACGAACCAGAAGUCCAAAGCCAACGACGUCCGCGGUCUUGACAGCGAAACGUUUUAUGGGACGAAAGACCUCGUUCAGGACUACGUCGACGAAGGUAGGUCCCGAGGCGGACGUACAGUCCAUUCAAGCGCUCGUCCCGCCGCUGACUGUUACGUGUGCUUCGACCCACAGUCGCACGAUCGAUCGAACUCGUGCGCAAAGCCCCACUCGACCAGGUCCCGCUCGAGAUCAAACACGAAUUCUUCCGCUCGAGCGCCAAGAACCUCGGCGCGACGGCGCUGUGUCUUUCCGGUGGCGCAGGCUUGGGCUACUACCACUUCGGAGUCGUGCGUGCCUUGCUCGACACGAACACCCUCCCUCGGGUCGUGACGGGGACCUCGGCAGGAUCGAUCGUCGCUGCUUUCUUGUGCACCCGUACGGACGACGAACUACGCCGCUUGCUUGUCCCUGAACUGGCGGACCGAAUUAGCGCAUGCGAGGAAGGCCUGACAACCUGGCUCCCUCGCUUGCUCAAGACGGGCGCUCGGUUCGAAGCGACGCACUGGGCUCGAAAAGCGAGUUUCUUCACGAUGGGGAACAUGACCUUUCGCGAGGCGUUCGAAAGGACCGGGCGGAUCCUCAACAUCUCCGUCAUCCCCUACGACACACAUUCCCCUACGAAACUGCUCAACUACCUCACCGCACCGGAUUGCGUCAUCUACUCCGCCUCGAUCGCUUCAUCAGCCGUGCCGAGUGUGAUGAACCCCGUCGUGUUGUUGCAAAAGGAUAAGGACGGGAAGGUCAAGCCUUGGGAAUUUGGGGGCAAGCACAAGGACGGGAGUUUGAGGGUCGAUAUCCCCUUGCAAGCUCUGCAUCUCUUGUACAACGUCAACUUCUCUGUGGUUUCCCAGUGAGUUUGGUGCACAUAGAGCUUUGUCUCCGGUAACGUCGUGGUUUCCCAAAGACUCAAAUACGCCCAUCCCCAUCCACAGAGUCAAUCCCCACAUUCACCUCUUCGCGUUCGCGCCUCGAGGAGCCCCCGGUCGACCCGUCGCUCACCGUCGAGGCAAAGGUUGGAGAGGAGGCUUCCUCCUCUCCGCGGCGGAACAGUUCCUCAAGAUCGAACUGACCAAGAACUUUAGGGUCAUACGGGAUUUGGAGUUGAUGCCCGAGUUUGGCGGUCAGAAUUGGUCCGCUUUGUUCUUGCAGGAUUUCGAGGGUCAGUCUCGGGGGGCCCAGUCCGAUCCUGAACCAAGCCCAAUACGGUUUUUGGACUCAUCGAUCGGGGGUCGUUCGUCUUCAUAGGCACGGUAACGAUUUGGCCCCGCUCCCGUUUUUGGGACUGGUUCCAACUCUUAUCCGAUCCGAAUCGGGCCGAACUGGCGCGCAAGUUGCGCGUAGGCCAAAUGGCGACCUUCCCGCGCGUGAAAAUGAUCGAGAACCGACUCAAGAUUGAACGUCAGAUCGAUCGGGGGAGGGAAGACGUGUUGAAGGAGGUUAGGAAGAGGAAGAGUGGCGCGGAGCAGUUCGGCGGUCGGAUCGAUCAUCGAGAUAGUUCGGUCGAUCGUUGGGACGAGCUUAGUCGGGUAAGGGAAAAGGACGCCCUAGGAGGGAAGAUCAAGGUCCCGGAGGAAGCGGUCGUGCUGGACGACGACGACGACGAGGAGGGAGAGGAGGGUGGGACACUCAUCGAACCUGGUCCCGCGCCAUCGACUUCAAAGGACGGGCGAACUCACUCCCUCGUCCACAACGCCGAACGGAGGAAAGAGAUCCUUGCUCGCCUCGGGCUCAAAAAUGCCGAAACGAUGGGGUCGACGAACCCUCGGUCGACCACCGAAGCGGCGGUUUUCGCAGGUGAGGAUUCAGAAGGGGAGAUCACGAAGGAUCAUCGAACGUUGAGGAGGAGGUAUUCGAUGGGGACGUUGAGAAGGAGUAAGCGGAGUAAGAGUGAUGGGAAUCGACGGACGACGAUGUUUGGGGAUGAGACCUCUUCAGAGGAUGAGGAGGAUGAUUUCCUGAGUUUGGGACAGGGGUCAGGGGGGAGGGGUGGGGGGUGGAGCUCGACGGGUAGUCAGGGGUGA